AUGUCCAAAAGCCAACAACCUAGUCCUGCCAUGUCGCGCCAACCCCUCCGGCAGUACACCUUCACCCUCUCUGCACACACGGCUCCCGGGGACACAAUCAAGCUUGUGGGAGAUCACGAAGCCCUUGGCAGAUGGAACGUCUCCCAGGGCAAGGAGAUGCAAUGUACAAACUUUCCCAAGUGGACAGUCGAGGUGAAUCUGCUCCCCAGUGUGGAGUUCCGCUACAAGUACGUGAAGGUGCGAGCUGACGGACAGAAUGAGUGGGAGUCUUGCGAAAACCGCCAUUUCCGCGGGCAGCACCACCACCACAUAGAAGAUGAGUUCAAUGUGAGGAAGCCGCCAGUCGAGGAGGACUUCCUCGUGGUCCCCGCUCGCAAGGCACGGGGCGGCCCGGAGGAGGUUCAGGAGGGCUCGGGGGUGAUCUUCCACUCAAACACCUUCGCUCACCUGGAGUUCGUCAAGCGUGAGUUCGCCAAUGUCAAAGCCGAGCUGGAGGAGCUCCGUGGCAGUUUGAAGGCAACUACCCAGGCCCUGAAGAAGGCCGCGGGAGAGGAGGACUCCAAGAUCGAGGCGCAAGUUCUCGAGCUGCGGGGACACCUCGAAGAUUUCCAGGCAGAGCAGAAUGAGCAGAAGAAGGCGCAGGAGCAGAUGAGGCGGAGCUUCAGCGACCUGAGGCUGGAGGCGAAGGCUGAUCGUCUUGUGCCGCAGAUCUUUGACAAGAUCAAGGAGAAGGCCGUCGACGAAAUGCUGCCCCGGAUUCUGGCACAGCUUCGGGAGGAUCUUCGGGCCCAGCCCCUGGGCUUCAUGGUCGCCUGGUCCGGCGUCCUGGCGCUGCGCUUCAGGGGCUUCCCUUCGCAGCUCGUUGCACUGAAGGAGCUCAUGGACGGAAGCUUCGGAGGCCUCUGCCCCGAAGGUUCCGGGAGCAAGUUUCCGAAGGCCACUUUGGGCGCCCUGCGCGCAGGCCAGCGCCUGGAUCCCGAGCAGCUGCAGAAGCUGCAGGGCCUCUGUGCCAGGGCCUCCAGCCGGCUGUCUGCGGCGAGCUUGCGGCUGGAGGUCUCCGCACUCUCCUUGGUGGCCUACGAGAACCGCGCCUUGGAGCGGCGCUUUGGCACGCUGCCUCUGCCGCUGGGCACCGAGACCUCGGAGCCGGACGUGGCGCCGCCACCCGAGGAGCAGCUGAAAGCCAGCGAGGCCGUGUUUAAGGAGACCUUGGAUUCGGGCUACUGGGUCCAUGCCUCCAGGGACGGAAACCGGGAGCCUCACUACCGAGACCCUGCGCCGGGGACGACCUUGGUCUGGGACUUCGGCAAGCUCUCCGGAAGAACGGAGAUCGAUGCUCUGCUGCAGGAGCUUGCUGCGUUCGCGCAAGAGGUCGAAGCUGCUCUCCCUGGGUUGUACAGCUUCUUCGAGCACCGGGCACUGCACAUGACCGUGCGGGCCGUGAAGGGCUAA